AUGAUAUUCUCCAAGCUUGGUUACUCCUUCGCUCGAUCUUCUCGUUCUAAGGGAUUGGUGUAUGGUGGUGGUGUGAGAUCGGCGAUUCUAAGAGAUGGGAGGCUUCCAGCGCCGCCGGCUUUUGAGGCGGCCGCCAAUCCGGUGGGUGUCGGAUUAGGGCUUCUGAGGCGGCACUUUGCCUCUUUAGCUGCUCGGAAGGGAGUGGAUGCCGGUGAUUUGAGCCGUGUUUUCGUUAACCCUAGAUUGCGUCGGCUCUUCUCUAGCGAAAGCCCAAAGAAGAAGAAUUACGAAAACUACUAUCCAAAAAGUACUAAGAAAGGACCAAAGAAUGAGCAGAAAUCGGAAUCCAAAGACGGCUCGAAGAAGACUGAAAACGAGAAUUUUGGGGACAUGUUCACUAAGGACUUUCAAAAUAUGUUAAUUCCUCUGAUGGCCAUUGCUUUAAUCAUAUCUUCUUUCUCACUUGGUUCCCGUGAACAGCAAGAGAUUAGUUUCCAGGAGUUCAAAAACAAGCUUCUUGAGCCUGGUCUAGUGGAUCACAUAGAUGUUUCCAAUAAAGCAGUCGCUAAAGUCUAUGUGAGGAGUACACCGAAAAACCAAACAUCUGAAGAAGUGGUUCAAGGUCCUGGUAGUGUUAAUGGGGUUCCUGCUAAAGGACGUGGUGGCCAGUACAAGUACUACUUCAAUAUUGGUAGUGUUGAGUCAUUUGAGGAGAAACUCGAAGAGGCCCAAGAAUCGUUAGGAGUUAACUCUCAUGACUAUGUUCCUGUCACCUACGUCUCUGAAAUGAUAUGGUACCAAGAACUGUUGAGGUUUGCACCCACUUUACUUCUCUUGGGUACGCUUAUCUACGGAGCAAGACGUAUGCAAGGUGGUUUGGGAGGUGUUGGAGGACCUGGUGGCAAAGGUGGCCGUGGAAUUUUCAAUAUAGGGAAAGCUCAAAUCACUAGAGCUGAUAAAAACUCAAAGAAUAAGAUAUAUUUUAAAGACGUUGCGGGAUGCGAGGAGGCUAAACAAGAAAUCAUGGAGUUUGUGCAUUUCCUUCAGAACCCGAAGAAGUAUGAGAAUUUAGGAGCUAAGAUCCCGAAAGGAGCACUUUUAGUUGGGCCACCAGGGACUGGGAAGACCCUUCUAGCAAAAGCUACUGCAGGGGAAUCAGCUGUGCCGUUUCUGUCGAUAUCUGGUUCAGAUUUCAUGGAGAUGUUUGUUGGUGUUGGACCUUCCAGAGUGAGAAACUUGUUUCAAGAGGCUAGACAGUGUGCACCUAGCAUAAUAUUCAUCGACGAGAUCGAUGCCAUUGGCCGUGCAAGAGGGCGUGGAGGUUUCUCUGGCGGAAACGAUGAGCGUGAGAGCACUCUUAAUCAGUUGCUAGUGGAAAUGGAUGGAUUUGGUACUACAGCUGGAGUUGUCGUCCUUGCUGGGACUAACAGGCCGGAUAUUCUUGAUAAAGCUUUGUUGCGGCCUGGCAGGUUUGAUCGGCAGAUAACAAUAGACAAACCUGAUAUCAAAGGCCGUGAUCAGAUAUUCCAGAUAUACUUGAAGAAGAUCAAACUUGAUCAUGAACCCUCGUAUUACUCACAGAGGCUUGCAGCUCUCACUCCUGGAUUCGCUGGAGCUGACAUUGCCAAUGUAUGUAACGAGGCGGCUCUUAUUGCGGCUAGACAUGAAGGUGCAACAGUUACAAUGGCGCACUUUGACUCAGCAAUCGAUCGUGUUAUUGGUGGUCUAGAGAAGAAAAACAGGGUAGUAAGUAAACUGGAGCGUCGUACAGUUGCAUAUCAUGAAUCUGGCCAUGCAGUAGCUGGGUGGUUCCUAGAACAUGCGGAGCCAUUGCUGAAGGUGACCAUCGUUCCUCGUGGCACAGCAGCGCUCGGGUUUGCUCAGUACGUUCCAAAUGAAAACUUGCUCAUGACUAAAGAGCAACUCUUCGACAUGACUUGCAUGACUCUUGGUGGCCGUGCAGCUGAACAGGUGUUGAUUGGAAAAAUAUCGACCGGCGCUCAGAAUGAUCUGGAGAAAGUGACCAAGAUGACAUACGCGCAAGUGGCUGUGUACGGAUUCAGCGACAAGAUAGGAUUGCUCUCGUUCCCGCAACGAGAGGACGAGUUCUCCAAACCGUACAGCAACAGAACAGGUGCGAUGAUUGACGAAGAGGUCAGAGAAUGGGUGGCCAAAGCGUACAAGCGAACGGUUGAGCUAAUAGAGGAACACAAAGAGCAAGUGGCUCAGAUCGCUGAGCUAUUGCUAGAGAAGGAGGUUCUGCAUCAGGAUGAUCUUUCUAAAGUUUUGGGUGAGCGUCCGUUUAAGUCGGGUGAGACUACUAACUACGACAGGUUUAAAUCUGGAUUUGAAGAGACGGACAAGAAGAGCCAAGAGGAGACUGUGACUGUGAAGCCUGCUGAGGAUGAUGGAUCUCCACCACUUGAGCCACAGGUUGUUCCGACGUAG